AUGGGGUGCAAAGUGCUACUCAGCAUCGGUCGCCAGAUGCUGCGGCGGAAGGUGGUGGACUGCAGCCGGGAGGAGAGCCGGCUGUCCCGCUGCCUGAACACUUUUGACCUGGUGGCCCUUGGGGUGGGCAGCACGCUGGGUGCUGGUGUCUACGUCCUGGCUGGAGCUGUGGCCCGUGAGGACGCAGGCCCUGCCAUUGUCAUCUCCUUUCUGAUCGCUGCGCUGGCCUCCGUGCUGGCUGGCCUGUGCUAUGGCGAGUUUGGUGCUCGGGUCCCAAAGACGGGCUCGGCCUACCUCUACAGCUACGUGACCGUGGGGGAGCUCUGGGCCUUUAUCACCGGCUGGAACCUAAUCCUCUCCUACAUCAUCGGUACUUCAAGUGUAGCAAGAGCCUGGAGCGCCACGUUUGACGAGCUGAUAGGCAAACCCAUCGGGGAGUUUUCACGGACACACAUGGCUCUGAAUGCCCCCGGGGUGCUGGCCGAAAACCCUGACAUAUUUGCUGUGAUUAUAAUUAUCAUCUUAACAGGACUUUUAACUCUUGGUGUGAAAGAGUCUGCCAUGGUCAACAAAAUAUUUACUUGUGUUAACGUUCUGGUCCUGGGCUUCAUCAUGGUGUCAGGAUUUGUGAAAGGAUCGAUUAAAAACUGGCAGCUCACGGAGGAGGAUUUCUGGAAUACAUCUGGCCAUCUCUGCUUGAACAAUGACACAAAAGAAUGGAAACCCGGAGUUGGUGGAUUCAUGCCCUUCGGAUUCUCCGGUGUGCUGUCGGGGGCAGCAACCUGCUUCUACGCCUUCGUGGGCUUUGACUGCAUCGCCACCACAGGAGAAGAAGUCAAGAACCCCCAGAAGGCCAUCCCCAUGGGGAUUGUGGCGUCCCUCCUGAUCUGCUUCAUCGCGUACUUUGGGGUGUCUGCCGCCCUCACGCUCAUGAUGCCAUACUUCUGCCUGGACAAGGACAGCCCCCUGCCCGAUGCCUUCAAGCACGUGGGGUGGGAAGGCGCCAAGUAUGCGGUGGCUGUGGGCUCCCUCUGCGCUCUGUCCACCAGUCUUUUAGGUUCCAUGUUUCCCAUGCCUCGAGUGAUCUAUGCCAUGGCUGAAGAUGGACUGCUAUUUAAGUUUUUGGCCAAAAUUAAUGACAGGACCAAAACACCAAUAAUCGCCACAUUAACCUCUGGUGCCAUUGCUGCUGUGAUGGCCUUCCUCUUUGACCUGAAGGACUUGGUGGACCUCAUGUCCAUUGGCACUCUCCUGGCUUACUCUUUGGUGGCUGCCUGUGUGUUGGUCUUACGGUAUCAGCCAGAGCAACCUAACGUAGUCUACCAGAUGGCCAGAACUACUGAUGAGUCAGAUCGAAUAGACCAGAAUGAACUGGUGAGCACCAGUGACUCCCAGACGGGCUUUUUACCAGAGGCAGAGAAUUUUUCUUUGAAAACUGUACUCUCACCCAAAAACAUGGAGCCUUCCAAAUUGUCUGGGCUAAUUGUGAAUGUUUCUGCCAGCCUCAUAGCUGUUCUGAUCAUCACCUUCUGCAUCGUGGCCGUGCUUGGAAGGGAGGCUCUGGCCCACGGGGAGCUGUGGGCAGUCUUGGUGCUCACAGUGUCUGCCCUGCUCUGCGCAGUGGUCACCAGCAUCAUCUGGAGGCAGUCUGAAAGCAAGACAAAACUCUCAUUCAAGGUCCCUGGGCCACCUUCCGUCUGGUUCCCGAGCCUGUCCCACUCCAUUCAUGCCCCAUCUCUCUGCUUGCGGCCUGCAGGCUUCAUCAUCUACUUUGGCUAUGGUCUCUGGCACAGCGAGGAGGCGUCCCUGGCCACUGACCAAGCAAGGACUCCUGAUGGCAAUUUGGACCAGUGCAAGUGAUGCGCAGCCCCACCCCCCGGAGGUGGCAGCAGCCCUGAGGGACACCCCCAGAAGACCGGGAGGCACCCUGCUGUCUCCACCGCUGCAGCAGGAACCACCCACAUUCAUGAUGCCCCUAGUGCAACCCAAGGUGCAAUGACUUGAACCACAGCCUCGGCCACAGCUCGCGUGUCCUGUCCACACUCCAUUCUGCGGGAGGCUAAUGAGGCGCUGGCCACCUCCGGACAGCUCCAUGGCUGGGACCACUUGUCUGGGGCUGGCUGCCAUGUCUCCUCACUUCCCUCU